AUGGCAGGGAUCCUAUUUUUGACAGCAAACAUACGAGUAUCUUACAAAGGUUUUGUAUCACCACUGAAUAAAGGUGAUUUGAAUCGUGAAACCUAUACCAUCACACGAGGUGGAUUAGUUGGUCUUGUUUUUGGCGGUCUGUACAGUUUUCUUGGCUAUACUGUGAAUGGUGGCCUAGCAGCAAGGUAUGCCUCAGCCCUGCUACCAGAGAAAGGAAACAUCUUAACCAGUAGGAUCAGAACUAAGCCCGUCUUUAGAAAGAUAUUAUUUCCCAUUUUGCUCCAGACUGGCUUUGCAGCAUGCCUUGGUUCUUGACAAUACAAACUACUUAUAAAGGCUCUUCAGUUCUCUGGAUGUGGCACAGAAAUUCAGUGAUAGUUCCAGCAGUCCAGUCAGUGAUUGGGGGGGUCAUGCCAAAGCCCCCAGGAGGCAGGCCCCCACCAUCUGACAAGCACCUGGCACAUGUAGUCAAUGUGCCAAGCUUAGGUAGAUCCAGAGAAGCCUCGCAUCUUGGCAUGGGCAGUGUUAUGGCCUGAACUGUGCCCCAUU